AUUGCCGGGUCGCAAAGAUGUCCGAGUGGGUUCGGGAGGGUUCCGAAUGUAUAGAUGCGGGAUGUUAGAUGCUUGUGGGGUAUGAUGGCAUUCACUGUCUGAGCAGGGAAAGAAAUGGCUCAUGGUAGGGCUUUUGUUUGCAGUUGUCUGUUUUCAGCUUUACUACUCUUGCUGUCAUCAUCAUCUUAUCUCUGCCGCCGUCGCCAUCGCCGUCGCCAUCACCUAUAUACUACUCAUUCUUAUAUACUGCCUUAUAUACUACACUACAAUGAUCAAGAAGGAUUUCAAACCUAUUUUUCUCAAACUGACUUCAUCUGACUUGAUAUUCUAUCAAAUGACGAUAUAGGUCUCCAACGGAAACCUAGAGAAAUCAUUGAAUGCAAUCCAACAUUGAACCGGCCGUCCCUAGGUUGUGCC